AUGCAACCCAUUCAACCACCAAACAAACAAUCAUCAUCAGCAACACCUUCUUUCCUUAAUUCUCAGCAACGGAACCAACAUGAUGAAAAACAACCUGUGAAUGAUAAUGAAGAACAAGAUGAACUAAAUUUAUCAAUUUAUGAAGAGGAUAAUAUCAGCACAGAUGAUGAAUGUCAUGAUAAUGGAAUUUCCAAUUUAUCUUUGCAUUCCAAUCAUCAAGAAGAUGAAACAGAGGAUGCAUCUCCACUUGAGGAAUUGAACAAAUUCGUCUUCAACAUUCAUGCUUUCAGAGGUGAAUUGUUAAUGAAUGAGACAAGUAAUAAUGCCACUAUUCAAGUUUACAAAAAUACAAAUUAUAGCUGUAGAAAUUCAAAUUUCAAGUUACAUGAUAUUCCCUUGAUAUUCUUGGAUGGUUGUAAAGAUAAUGUAUUUUAUUGUAAGAAACAUUGUGAGAAAGUGUAUUCACAUUCGAAUCUCCAUACCACAAUUGACAGAUUAGGUGGAUCCACAACAAGAAUUACAGCAUUUGGACUUUCUUUAUUGAAGAAGGCAAUGGUGCUGAUAAACAAGGAAUCGAAUAGUUUUGAUACACUGCUAUCUAAUCAUGCUCAACAGCUGGCUUUGGUUUCGUAUACAGGAUUGAUGCUAAUGGCUAAUAAGAAGAAGAAUCAACCUGAAUGGGACGAAACUGAAUUAUCUUCCUUUUACAAGCACAAGUUUAUUAUUGUAUUGAAGGGAAUUACUUUAUAA